AUGAACUUGCCGCCAUUUGUGAAGGACAAAACCUUGCUGGAACAGGUCCUUGGCAUCGAGCGCCUUCGAGACGAAUACCGACGCUCGAGUGGAGGUACUGCUGUGGAGAUUGUGCUGGACUCAGGAGCUGACGGAAGCGUUUUGCCUCUGGAGUAUGCGACUGUUGGUGAGCCUGAUCGAGAGACAGGGCAAACUGCAUAUGAACGAUGCUGUGACCGGAUGUACACAGGCCGUGUUUGCAUGUUCGGAGAAACCGUCUUCGGAUAUUUGAAGACCAGCUUGAAAGGACGUGUUGUUGAUGAAGAGGCUGAAGCUGUUCGAAACGAUUUUCUGCAAGCCAAGUUGUUGCCUACCUUUGAGGGUGAGAAGAGUCACAACGUCUCCAAGGCGACCAAGGACUUGCAGUUCAACGACCUUGUGUGUGUUGAUACUUUUGAAGUUGAGUUGACGCAUAAGAAGAUGAAGUUCCUCGACAUCGUGGACAUUGGAACAAGAUACCAACUGUGUGCACCGUUGUGGAAAGGCAUUGGUGCGCAAGUCAUACAGGAGGUACUUGAACUUGCGUCGUGGUUGCCAGUGACAUGGAGAACUUGGAAGAGCAUUGUUCGAGAACGAGGAGAUGUUGAGAUGUCGCCAGUUGAUCCUUCACCUGAGUUGGAGGAAAACGCACAAGAAGACGCCAGCUUUGCCAAUGCCGAAUCCUUGAAGAGUCAGGGAGGCUACAUGGUGUGUGCCGUCGAGCCUAGCCUGAGGAGACUGGGAGAGUGGUCGAACCUUUCUCCACUGAGAUGGAGAAGCUACAAACAAGACCGGCAGGUUGCAUCGACCUUAGGAGCUGAAUUGAUGACCUUGUCUCGCACCAUUGCGGAGAGCAAGUGGAUCCGUUCUCUAUGGACUGAGGCAAUGGAGCCUGGAUACUCUUUGAAAGAGGAUCUCAUGUGGUGCAGUCGAACUCCAAUUACCAUUUCGGUGGACUCACGACCCGUCUUUGACCAUCUCAAUGGCCAGCUGAUGACUAUCAAAGACAAAAGAAUGGCCAUAGAAAUGCUCCUGGUGAAGCGAGAUGUUUUGAAGCAGAACGUGAAUGUGAAGUCUGGCAACGUUGUGAUUGAGACGACCUUCUUCGAUGGUGACUACCCCAUCAUGACCCAAAGGGUACGAAUAUGGUAUGUGUGA